AUGAAGUUCCAACUCGCAUGCAUUCUCUCCCUCAUGGCGUGCUCGGCCGCCGCCUUGCCAGCCAGCACGAAGCCUGGCACCAUCGUCCAAGACACGCAGGGCGUGGAGCUCGGCGACGGCGAGGUCUGCAAGGCGACGUCGACCGAGGGCGUCCUGGCGUGCAACGACGCCAGCGGCGCCAGCUUCAACAUCGUCAACGGCGAGCGUCAAAACCUGAGGAGGAGAGAGGCGGGACAGGACGACCACGAGCCAAACGAUGACGGCGAGGGGAUCGAGGCUCGCUCGCCUCAGGACAGGCAGAAGCCGAAGGACAAGAAGAACAAGAGCAAGGCCAAGCAGGCGACAGGAGGACAGAACCUGCCGCUGCGGCCUGGCGAGAGCUGCACGCCCAUCAACAACCAGCCGGGCGUCUUUGGCUGCCAAGACGGCCAGGGUGGCACCUUCAACAUCGUCAACGGCGUGCGACAGAAGAGGUCUGUGGCGGCCCGCUCGCCCAAGAUCCUCACCGACUCCAAGGGCAACAAGUUUGACGACAGCAUUUUUGUCGUCAAUGGGGAGCUGAUUGCCUGUCCUCCCAAUCAACAAUGCUAA